AUGAGACUUUCGAGGCGAGAUACUAUUUGUUUCCUUUUCCAUAAGUCUAGCGCCGUUACCACCUUUUUGCUGCUCUCAUACGUAGUUGUUGCGUGUGAAGGCGGCGAAGACCGACGUCUGCCCCAGCCUACUUUGAGACUCGCAUUAGAGCCUCGUCGCCAACGACCUCGCUCCGAACUCAAGAUCCUACAGGCACUUCGCAAUUCGGGCACCCAAGGCCUGCUGCACCAUCCGUGUCCGAUUCCAACAACACGUCAAACCCCCCAACUUCUCACCUGCGACGGUGGAUUUAUGCGUCAUAUCAUCCCACAAAUUCGAAUCUGCACUCGCGCAGUCAAGAAGCCACCAGUAACCACUUACCGUGCCAUUCACACAGCAACUGCAAAGUUCAUCACUAUCAGCCCCCAAGGGGCUCCAGCGACUCGCGAGGUCGAAGUAUAUCUCGGGGAUCCAGAGGAAGCAUUUGUCUUGCUAGACCCCGAAAUCUGCCAGGCUUUCAAAAGAGGAACCAUGCUGCAGGGCGGUUGCUCCAUGGCGCACGACCAAUAUUUGUAUCCAUUGAAAUUCCACCACGAUACGCGACACUUCUCCCAUGAGUCAUCACUGUAUCCUCGACUUGAGAUACCGCAAGACCUUCCCCGUCAAUCGGAUACAAACAGUAGCCCAGCAACUCUUCAUACCUAUGGAGCAACACAUGCAAUCACCCUUGACGGAACGCCAGACGAGGCGUUCGAACGCAGUCUCAGAGAGUCAGCACAACGGUUGCAGCCAAUCUUAGAUGAGCUCAAAGAUACAGAGAGCAUUCCCAAGGAUAUGUCUACGAACUUUUGA